UUCACAUUUAAUGUAAAUUAUAUUUGUUUACCAGUUAGCCUAGCCAGCUACAUGAAGCCAGCUGAUGUUUAGGCUUCGCGCAUGAUCUCACAGACUACGUGGUUCAUUGCAAGCGAGCAGUUCGGGACAACUGGGAACUGAAAAAAAACGAGGUCAAAUCAGUCAGUGAUCUUCAGGUCGGAAUGUCGGAGCUCUAAGAAAGAUGCCCACAUUUCCGAAUUGUAAUUCCGAGUUGGAUGACAGUUCAAACGAUUUUUUUCUCCAGUCAGAGCUCGUUUUUUUCAGUUGUCUUGAACGCAUUGAAGUCAACGAUGUCCGAGAUCCCAGUUGUUUUGAACGCGUAUAUCCACCAGCAGUCUUUAUUCCUAGUGUUUGUGUGUUAUUUAGGCCGUGGGAGUCCGUUAUACUUACUCCAUAUGACAGUCUUGUUGUGUACUUGCUAAUCAGCCUACUACCAAAGCAAGUUUGUUUCCAAUAUUAUCCCGUCACAGAGCUAUAGCCUACGUCUAUUUUCAGAAUAUCCUCGCGAUGGAUAUGUGUUCACUUUUAUCUAAGUGUGUCAUCAAACAAACAAAGCACAAACAUUCCAAGCUUCUGCGCGUGUUCUAUCCAACCAAGUUCUCUGUUGGCUGGUGAUGGAUGUAAUGCUGGGGAUAGGACCAGAUUGUCUUGUUCUACAAAUCACUGGUGCUCAAUUAGGCUAUGGUUUGCCCUGAUACAUAACGCAGCACUGCUUCCCAGACCAUCCCCCCCAGCCAGCUAUCCCACCAACCCUUCAGCCCAGGCCCAGCCAUGACAGCCAAGUCGUCCCUGCUCAAGGUGAUCCUCCUUGGGGACGGAGGCGUGGGCAAGUCCUCCCUCAUGAACCGCUACGUCACCAACAAGUUUGACACGCAUCUCUUCCACACCAUUGGCGUGGAGUUCCUAAACAAGGAGCUGGAGGUGGACGGGCGCACCGUGACGCUCCAAAUCUGGGACACGGCGGGCCAGGAGCGCUUCCGCUCGCUCCGGACACCUUUCUACCGUGGCUCCGACUGUUGUCUCCUAACCUUCAGCGUGGAUGACAACCAGAGCUUCCACAAUCUCAACAACUGGAAGAAGGAGUUUGCCUACUACGCUGAUGUCAAGGAACCUGAGAAGUUCCCUUUCGUGGUCCUGGGUAAUAAGUUGGAUGUGCCAGAGAGGCAGGUUUCGGGUGAGGACGCCCGCCAGUGGUGCCGCGACAACGGCGGCCACCCGUACUUUGAGACGAGCGCCAAGGACUCGACCAACGUGGCGGCAGCGUUUGAGGAAGCGGUGAGGAGGGUGCUAGCGCAGGAGGAAAGGGGGGAGCACCUCAUCCCGACGGACACAGUGGACCUGCACAGGAAGCCGCGCUCUGGUGCCUCCUGCUGCUGAGAUGUAGGGUUGAUUACCUUUAUUUGACUCUUAAAGGCCCAAUGCAGCUGUUUAUCUCAAUUUAAAAUGGGCAAAAAUAGCUUUUUAGCCAAAAACUAUUUCUCAAGCAAGAAUUCUGCGAAGACUGGGAAAACUAGCUGUUUAUUGGAAGAGAGGUUUGGAACAGUUUUUGUUAUUGGUCUAUUGACCAAUCUACCGAACAGUGAUGUCAUCAUUGAAAGCUGAAACUCCCGUCCAUGCAAACCUGCUGAUUAUAAUGUCCUGUGUAGAUUGUAUUUUCAACCACCAAAUAUCAGGAAAAAAACUGAUCACAUUUUUUCACAGUUUUACAGUGUUAGUUUCAUCAGCUGUUUAUACAAUAUGGUAUGAAAUACACGAAAAUGUGAAUUUUGACUGCACUGGGCCUUCAAAGAGACAGUAGGGGCAUAUUUGAACUUCUGCUGCCCAACUCUGGCCGUAACUUGAGUACUGAUGAUACCAACGGCCAUUUGGUUCAAGUUCUCCUUUUUAACUGUGGUUAAUGCUUUCGUUCUGCUCUGUGCUCCUCCCUUGGUUUACCCGACUGCUUGUGCAUGCGGACACACAGCCUGUUCAUAGCAUUAUACACACCCAUCCCACUUAGGCUAUAUAAGUUUUAUCAUACACAGGAGUGCUCAUAGUUGGGCCUGCUAUUUUACAUUCCUUUGCGCUGGCGUGUGUGUUUUAUCAGUGACUACUACGAACAAGAGAUUACUUUGUUCUGCGCUUGUCCUCCAGUAAUCAAGUAAUGACUAAAUAUUUACAUUUUAGUCAUAGCAGACACCCUUAUCCAGAGCAACUUACAGUAGUGAGUGCUUACAUUUUAUGUACUUUUUCGUACUGGUCCCCCGUACUGGUCCCCCGUUGCAAGCGCCCUGCUCUACCAAUUGAGCCACAUGGGAAAUACUACAUUGUCAUCCCAUCUAUUAAAUGGGCUGAAUGUGCCAAAUGUAUAUUAAUUUUGUUGAUUGUUUAAAAUAAUCGUAUUUUGUAUUAACAUUAGUAGUCAGUACACAGACUGACUGAACUGCAGUAUGUGUUGGAGGGGAAACCAGAUGGUUCUGUCCAGUCUACAUCAUUGUACAAAUGGAAACAAAAUUCCAGUCAAACCUGUUUCUCUGAUUAUUCUCACUUGAUGGGCUGAUUUUAGAUUUUAAACCCACUCAACCCAGCCAUGCAAAUUUUGGCUGUGUGAUUUCGAAGCCGUUCAUUGGCUUUAUCGCAUGCUCUAUAGAGACCAACGUUGAAUGGACUCCCAUCAACAUCCAUAAGUAUGUCCAGCAUUCAUAAUGACCGUAAGAGCUUUAUGUUUAAUCUCAUCCAAUUUCCAGAUAAACCGUCAAAAGCCUUUUUAUAGCCAUGUUAAUGUGUGUUCGUUAGGAAUGUCAGGGCACUGAAGCAUGUAGAUUGGUCUUUUAGCUACAAAAACAUUAGCUUUAAUUUAUUUAAAUGUAUUUACAGUCACUCACUACGCGAACUGGUGCACCCGAAGCCUCAGGACGUAAGUGCAUUAGCUAGCCAAACUGUUCUCGGAGAGUUUGGAAAUGAAUGGCUUUUUAAUGUUAUGCUACCUGGACUAACCAUUUAGGAAUGGAGCAGCAAAUCCAGGGCCAUUGCGCCAUAAUUUGUUAUUAUAGGCUGAUUUGGGCCAUCAUGAGUUCUGUGUACUAUAUCCCCAAGGAAACCAGUCGUAAAUGCAUACCAGUUGUUUCUAUGUUUUGCUGUAAAAUGAGACCAACCAUGACACACUAAAAACUGUAGGCCUAUUGUACUUUUGUUCUUAUGUAAAAAAAAAAUA